AUGGCACACUCUCUUUACGACUCAACUAUAGUAAUGGCCAAAGGAGCCCUUACAUCCCUUGAUAGAAUCAUUACCCAAGCCGAGAAGCAUGAAAAUUCGGCUACUUUCUUCACCUCAAGACUCACAGAAGAUAUGAAUCCACUCCCAUUCCAAGUCCACUACGCUACGUUUCUGGCCCAAGCAGUGGCUGCAGCAUUAGCUGGCCACGACUACGAAGAGCCCGAAGAGGAUUUAGAUUCUUACGAGAAGAUGCAUGCGCGCAUCAACGAAGCCAUUGAAGAGUUGGAUAAGGCCGAUAAAGAGUCGGUCAACAGUGACAGUGAAACAAUUACUACCUUCUACUUCCAUGAGAGAAAAAUGGAAGUACCAGUUAAGUCAGUGGUAUGUUUAAAGAAUAUGCCAAAUGUAUAUUUUCAUGUCUCCAUGGCAUAUGCCAUCUUGCGCAAGGAAGGUGUCCCGCUAGGCAAAAGGGACUGGAGUAGAGGCUUCGUCACCGGAUAUGUGUGA